AUGAAUUCUCAAGUGUUUAGUUUGAAAAUUAUUAUUAUGGGAUUUAGUGGUGUUGGUAAAUCGUCAGUGGCUCUAAAUUACACGCAUAAUAUCAUUCUAACAGAGUUUAAUCAAGCACAUGGUGAUGAAUUUAAAAAGACCAUUCAGAUCAAUGACCACACUAUCUUAUUAGAAAUAUAUGAUACGAGCGAAGAUGAGUUCGUCGCAUUGAGAAAUCAAUACAUAAAACAGGGAGAUGGAUUUGUAUUGAUAUAUUCUAUUACAUCAAAAGAAUCGUUUGAAGUACUCCAACAAAUUUAUGAAGACAUUUACCAAGUUAGAAAGAAAGAAUAUAAUGAACAUAUUCCAAUAAUAAUUGUAUGUAAUAAAAAUGAUUUAGAAGAUGACAGACAAGUAACAAAAGAAGAAGGUAUAAAUUAUGCAGACAGUAUCAACUGUCCUUUUAUUGAAUGCAAUACAAAAACACGAGAAGACAUUAACAGAAUCUUUGAGGUAUUAACAAUAGAUGUGCUUGAACAUAAAGAAUUUAUAACAGAAGAAAAUGAGGCACGCAAAAAACAAAAAGGGUGUUGCGCUGUUUAA